UCCACGCCGUGCCUUCCAGUAUCUGCAACCCCUCCCCACCUCCCACUUUAUAAACCAUUUCGAUCGGCUCUGAAAUCAGAUCCCAAGACCUCGGUGGCUGGCUCUCGCGCUCGGUAAGAGAAGCUCUCUUCCCUCGCCAAACGUUGGCUCCCCCAACCCCCCUUCUCCUCUACUCUCCCCGCCGGCCGCCCGCCGGACCGCCCGCCCGCCCGCUCCUUUUCUUUUUUCUCUCUUCUCAUGCUUGUUCUGUUUUUCUUAUGGGUUCUGUUGUUAUGAUGGAUGGCUUUGAGUGAGCUAGUUUUCGUGGUUCUUUUCUUGUGAUUUUAAUGUUUUUUUUUUUUUUGAUUAGUAGUAAGAGUGUUGGGGGCUUCAUUUGAAAACCAGAAUUCGGCUCUUUUUGCGUCCGAUUUUGAUCUGGUUUUUUUAGAUUCUUCAGUUAACCUAUUAGAUAUCGGUUUUAGAGCGGGCGGGCAGGCGGGCGGGGGGGGUGCCUUUUUAUUGGUAUUGGGGGAAGCCAUGGAAGGGUCGGGAAAGAGCGGCGGGAGGUCGGAAAAAGGGGUCGGCGGCAGUGGUGGGAGGAGACAGAAAGGGAAGGGUGCGAGGGGCCUGAAGUCACUGAUGAUGCCGGAGGGAGAAGCGCAGCAGUGGACGCCGGUUUUUGAGGAGGCGUCGGCUGUACCCCUCCGGCCUCUCAAGAAGAUCAGGAGCCCGGAUCGACUCCAAUACUCUCCUUCCUCCAGUAAUUCCAAUCCCUCCAUUUCCUCUUCCUCGAGCUCCAGUCUCCCUCUCCCCACUCCUACCGGCGCGACAACCCCGGCAUCUCUUCCUCCUCUCUCUUCCCGGCAUGUAUUUCCCUUCGCCUGCGACAAUUCGCAGCCAAUAUUGGACACAACUCUUCUUCCUCUUUUCGUUUCCCAUCAGUACCAGCAGCCACAGCAGCAGAUGCUUUCGUUUGCUCACAACAAUCCCUGCCAGAUGGGAGCUUAUCCUCCUCCUUCAUUCUUCGCCGGCGCCGGGGCCGGGGCCGGGGCCGGGGCCCAGCAGCUCCUCCAGUACAUGAGCGACGCCCUGAACCUGAGCCCCCGCGGCCGCACCAUGAUGAUGAACCGUCUGGCGGGACAGCCCGGGAGGGGCUCGCCUCCGUAUUCCGCCCUUUUCCGGAAUCAGAUGCUGCCGGCCACCUCCAGCCCCACCAAGCUGUACCGCGGGGUCAGGCAGCGCCACUGGGGGAAGUGGGUGGCGGAGAUUCGCCUCCCCCGCAACCGCACCCGCCUUUGGCUCGGUACCUUCGACACCGCUGAGGACGCCGCCCUCGCCUACGACCGCGAGGCCUUCAGGCUCCGGGGUGAGAAUGCCAGGCUCAAUUUCCCCAACCUCUUUCUCGGUCACGGGCGCGCCGGCGGCAGUAGUAGCAGGGAUGGGGCUUCUUGCUCUUCCUCCUCAUCCUCUGCUCCUGCCACCCCCGACCAAGUUCAAGCACAAACCCAGCACCACCAGCAACAGCCUGACAGCAAUCGCAGCGACACCCACCUGCAAUCCCCUUCCAUGCCUGUCGUUUCUGCUGAGGCAGCUCCGGUGAGCGCGGAGGUCAGCUGGAGCAUGCCCGACGAUUGCCCAUCGGGUUCAUGCGACCCUCCGCCGCCGCCGCCGCCGCCGCUCGGAUCGAUGGCAGCCAUGCCACAGUGCUCGGCGCCUGAAUUGGUGUGGGGGGAGGCUGAGGAGGCCUGGUUCAGCACCUGGGGUCCAGGGAGCUCCGUGUGGGACGACGUCGACGGGGCGAACAGACUUCUCCUCCAAUCCCGCCUCACCACCAUCGCCGAGUCGGAGAUGGAUACCUCCAAUGCCUCAGAAUCAGCGCAACCACCAGCAGCAACAAUGGCAUGCCAGGAUUUCACCACCACAUCUCUUCCUGAUCCUUCUCACCCUCCUCCCAUGUUCAUGUGGAAGGACUCCUAACUGGCCCUCCCUCUGUUUCCAUUCCUCCCUGCAUCUUCCUGCACAGCAUUUUUAGAGGAACUUAGAGCAUGCUUCCAUACUCAUCAUCCCAUUUAGCUAGGCUAGUUCACUGGUUGCAGAUUUUUAUAAGGCAGCCCGUGAAAUUAGGAAUCCUCUUAUCUGCAUGUUUCUAGCUACACUUUUGUCCAUGAACCCUGUUUUGGCUGCAUAUUUUUUCAGGCCAUACCCUUGCAGGGUUACAAGUUCUCUCGCUGUCCCAAGGUCUCUCAUUCUGUUCCCCUUUUUUUGGGCUUGAGAAACCUAAAGCCUUUUAUACAUCAUGUUCUAGCCUUCCUUGAUCCUUUAUGAAUCUUCUAUCUUGAUUCAUCUCCUUUACUUUUCCCGGUUCAUGGCAUUUGGUACCUAGAGCUAGAGAUGGUAGUUUUAUGUAUGUAAGAGAAGGAGUUCUAAUGGUUAGAUAGGAAUGACAAGGAGACAGUUUUGUGAUCUCCUUCUCCUCCUAUCUGUAUAGGGUUUGAUGAUGUUGCUGCUUAUGUUUGCACAUUUGUGAAUUGAAUAAUGACGCAAUAAAGUUCGCAUUUUCUUUUUAUGAA